AGCCGGUUGCCCGCGUCUGCGAAGCUGCAGUCACCGCAGGUGCCGGCAUCUCGGAGACCAGAGCUGAGAGUUGAACCACGGCCGCAGCGGAGGAGCAAGGGAAGGAUGUGGGUUUUUGGUUACGGGUCCCUGAUCUGGAAAGUGGACUUCCCCUAUCAGGACAAGUUGGUUGGAUACAUCACAGGCUACAACAGGCGCUUCUGGCAGGGGAGCACCGACCACCGCGGGGUCCCCGGCAAGCCUGGAAGAGUUGUGACUCUUGUUGAAGAUCCUGGGGGUUGUGUAUGGGGUGUUGCUUACAGACUGCCAGUAGGAAAGGAAGAAGAAGUAAAAGCAUACCUUGACUUCAGAGAGAAAGGAGGCUACAGGACCACAACAGUCAUUUUUUAUCCAAAAGAUUCCACAACAAAGCCAUUCACUGUGUUGCUAUACAUCGGAACAUGUGAUAAUCCUAAUUAUCUUGGCCCUGCCCCUCUGGAAGACAUUGCUGACCAAAUUUUUAAUGCAGCUGGUCCAAGUGGAAGAAAUACAGAGUAUCUUUUUGAACUUGCAAAUUCUAUGAGGAACCUUGUGCCAGAAGAUGCAGAUGAGCAUCUUUUCUCUUUGGAAAAAUUAGUAAAGGAACGUUUAGAAGGAAAACGGAACCUCACCUGCUUGUAAAGACCUAAUCAUUGACUUUUCCAAACAAGCAGAGCUUUUAGUCUUCAAAGAAUAGGUUCAUGCACACUGGCAUUAUGAUCUGGAAACAUGUUUGUUUACUUGAAGAUCUUAUUUAUUUUUAAUGUUGUAUUAUUCAAGAUAUGAUCAAAUGUGUAGUUUAGUAGCGUGUAUCCAAAAAACCUAAAUAUUUAAAAUACUGGGGUAGAGUUAAAGAAAAAAUUCAAGUUUUAAUAAUAUAAUGGUUUCCUAACUAUAUAAUAUUGAACACUUGCUCAUGAGAAGUGAGUUCUUUAGAAAAAAUACAAUGAAAUAUUCAGUUCAGAGCUUGUUUUUAUCAGAGUAAAAAUAAUUGUCAUUUCAUAUCACAAUUCUAUUUUCAAGUUGUAAAGAAUUAAACCAAAAGGUAAUACCUUUAAUGUAUUUCUGUACAGUAAUACUGUAACCAUGGUUUAAAAUAUACAAACUUAAAAUAAUGUGUAAUUAGAAAUAUAUGGUAAUACAAGAUUUCAACCUUGAUUGUGAAUUUCCUGUUCAGGUAUUAUUUAAGGCCCUUUCCAAUUUAAGUCAAAAAGACUGGCAUUUUUAAUAUAAAAAAUUUCCUUGGAA